UUCGAUUACGAAGAAUGAAGUGUAUAAGCGCCUUGUACUAUUAGAGAACGAUAAUUUUGCAGGAUACGCAUUGAACUACAUCAUCUACCAAAGAGAACUGGCGCCCUCCAACAAUUUCGAGGUUGAUAAGGAAUACGGAUUGUCGUUGAUACGUUGCACCGACGAAAAGAUUGCGCGAUACAUAGCGUCAUCCCUGAAACACGCCGAAAAUUACAUCAACCAAAGGGGGUUCAACGAAUUGAAUUUCGUAAUUUUUAACAAGGGUUCGAUGGUGGUGUGCGAAAAAUGGGUUUUCCAAAUCGAAUAUGAAAGUGAAAAAACUAAAUCAAAGAUGAAUAGAACGAAUAUUCAAGUGGAGAUUCGAGCCGUUUUACGGCAAAUAAUAACAAGUACAAACUUCUUGCCAAUCAUCGAUUCGUCGCACAAGUUCAAGAUUGUAUUUAGGCCGUCAUCGAUUCAAGUGGUAGCACAAUUCCCCUUCAAAAUAUUUCCGUAUUCGUUGACGAUACUCCAGAGCGAAGAGCUGUCAUUCAGGAAAAUUUCGACCAGUUUUCACACGGUCGAGACGAAGGUUGUUUACAAGCGACUAGCCAACAAUUAACCCUACAUUACCGUACGUACCAAGAACGUGCUUGUGUAUGAAAACAUUUACGUUUGUCAAAUGAAUGGAGAGUUCGUGCAGUAUUUUCAAUUCGAAAUUGAUACGAUGGACACCGAUAAAUGCCCAGUGUAAAAAUAAUCGCAUAAUACAGUUUUGACCGAAAGAGCA